GUGAGGUGGGGUCUGUUUCCAGGAAGUGCAUAGCGUGACUCUGCCGGCCCAACAUUGUUGCUAACUCAACUUUUGGUUGAAUUGUAAAUUGCGCUCUUGCCAGUCACGUAGACAGUUUCACGGUCCUCCAGAAUGGGUGACGAUGAAGAGAAGUACGACGGGAUGUUGCUUGUUAUGGCGCAGCAACACGAAGGAGGGAUUCAUGAGUUAGUAAACACGUUUUUCAGCUUCCUCCGGCGGAAAACUGAUUUCUUUACUGGCGCAGAAUCUGGUGUUGCAGAGAAGCUGGUCAAAGAUGCUUUUGCUCACCACAGCAAGCUAGCACAGAAGGCCCACAAAGAGAAGCAGAUGAAACAAGAGAAGGAAAAGAAAGAGAAGGCAGAAAGAGCAGCGAAGCUUGCAGAGGAAGAGAGGAAAAAGAAGAAGAAGGACGACGGACCCAGAAUUCAGGAGCUGACGGAGGAAGAAGCCGAGAAGCUUCAGUCUGAGCUUGACAAGAAAAAGAAGGAAGAAGAGAAAGAUAUGAACGUCACAGAAAACACAGAAACGUCUGACAAAGCAGAAAAAGAGAAGACGGAGAAAGAGAAGGGGUCUGACUCUGAAGGAGAAGAAGAUGAGAAGGACAAAGAUAAACUGAAGCCUAAUUCAGGAAAUGGAGCUGAUUUACCCAACUACAAGUGGACACAGACACUGUGUGAAGUUGAUCUGGUCGUGCCUUUCAAUGUGAACUUCCGCAUCAAGGGGAGGGAUGUAGUGGUUGACAUCCAGCGGCGCUCCAUCAAGGUUGGCUUGAAGGGACACGCUCCUGUUAUUGAAGGCCAGCUCUUCAACGAGGUGAAGGUAGAAGAGAGCUCCUGGCUCCUCGAUGAUGGCAAGGUGGUCACAGUCCACUUGGAAAAGAUUAAUAAAAUGGAGUGGUGGAACAAGAUCGUUACCACAGACCCCGAAAUCAACACCAAGAAAAUCUGUCCUGAGAACUCAAAGCUGUCAGACCUGGAUGGAGAGACGCGUGGUAUGGUGGAGAAGAUGAUGUACGACCAGAGGCAGAAAUCAAUGGGUCUGCCUACGUCUGAAGAGCAGAAGAAACAAGAUAUUCUUAAAAAGUUCAUGGCUCAGCACCCAGAGAUGGAUUUCUCUAAGGCCAAAUUCAGCUGAGGUGUCCCACUGUCAACCACCUUAGAGCUAACGUCAGGCACCAACCAACUCCCUGUUCAUCUCUUUACUGGACAUGCUUUUGUUGACUUACAUGUCUUAAGGUUCACAGCUUUGUUUCAUUGAGGAUCAGUUCGAUAAAUACAACGGUCAUGUUCUCCUUUUGCAUGUCGUCUCAAUAUUUAAAGAUAUGUCUGGAUUUUUUUAAAUAAAUAUAUGUAAAACCGA